CUCAUCAUUGUGAAUGAUCCGGAUUUGGUCCUAUUCGUUGGUGAAGCAUUGGUUGGUAACGAAGCAAUCGAUCAGCUGGUCAAGUUCAAUCAAUCUCUUGCUGACUACAGCAACACUGCCAAACCCCACACCAUUGAUGGUAUUUUGUUGACUAAGUUUGACACUAUUGACGACAAGGUGGGAGCAGCGGUCUCCAUGGCCCACAUCUCAGGUCAGCCAAUCGUGUUUGUUGGAAUUGGUCAGACAUACUCGGAUCUACGUCAAUUUUCUGUACCUAGUGUGAUCAAGGCUCUCAUGAAGUAG